AUGAGGUUUCAAGUGCAGCUUUCUCCGACAAGAUGCAAUGGUAAAAAGCACCAAUUUUUAAGAAUAGCAAUUGUGCAUAAUCCGACCAAAAGAUCAAAUAUGAGAUACACAACAUGCUGCUCCCAGCCAAUCCAUCAAAAUUGCUGCAGGAGCUCCAUCGUGUCUUGUCCACAUUGCAGAUUUGAAGUAUUUGCUCUCCAAGACGAGCCAUUUGAUCCAACUAGAGCUUUCAGCCACUAUCCUUUAGAUUUUUAUGAAUAUGUAGUCUAUAUAUAA